AUGGCUUCCGGAGAAUAUAUUCAGCUUCCUGUGAUUGAUUUUUCAUUGCUAAAUUAUCGAGAUCCCAACACUCGUGUUUGGGAAUCGGUUAAAACAGAAGUUUUUCAGGCGCUCCAGGAAUACGGUUGCUUCCAAGCAAUCGUAUCUGGGGUUUCCCCAGAGCUUCAAAACUCAGUAUAUGAUGCAAUGAAGGAGCUUUUUGAUCUACCAUUUGAAACAAAGUCCAAAAACACCGCCUCUCGAAUGUUUCAUGGAUUUAUCGGGAAUACACCAAUACUUCCACUAUAUGAAAGCAUGGGCAUUGAUGAACCUUACAUCGAGAAACAAGUGGAGAACUUCACUAAUCUCAUGUGGCCUCAAGGAAACGCUCAAGUUUGCGAAGACAUCCAUUUAUAUUCGAAUAAGCUCUUCGAAUUGGAUGCAAUGGUAAUGAAAAUGGUUUUCGAGAGCUUGGAUUUGGGCCCGUAUUUUAACGAAUAUAUGGAACUAAAGUGUUAUACACUUAAGCUUAUGAAAUAUAGAGUUCCAAAGCCAAAUGAAUCGGAUCUAGGAUUACAUGCACAUGCAGAUUCAGGUAUAAUGACGAUUUUACAUCAAAACGAUGUUGAAGGAUUAGAGAUUCAAAUGAAAGACGACAAAUGGUUCAAAGUAAAGCUUUCACCACACUUGUUUACAGUCAUGGUCGCAGAAACUUUAAACGUAUGGUUGAACAGGCGAUUGCAUGUGCCAUAUCAUAGAGUGUUUAUAAGAGAAAACAAGACUAGGUUUUCGCUAGGGCUUUUUGCAUUGCCAAAAGUCGGGAAACUCAUGAAAACCAUGGAAGAGAUGGUGGACGAAGAGCACCCGUUAUCCUUCAAGUCUUUUGAUUACGAUGAGUUUAUCAAAUUUCUCUUUAGAGGCGGUCAAGGCAAAGAGAAAUAUGCAGUAAAAGCCUAUUGUAGCGUUUUAAACUAA